CAUCACAAGUUAAUUAUAGAAUGUCACAGUAAUAAGGACAAAGUACUUGUGUAAGCAAAAUAAUUACUUUGAUGCCAAUUUUUAUUUCUCCUAGUUAUCAUUUACUAUAAUAAACACACAUACUGUGGACGUAGAUUUCAUAUAACUUAAAAUAAAAUGGGGUUCCUGAGACGUACUGUCGUUCUGUUGUUUUUUGUGUUGUUGGUGAGUGUAUCAGCUGCCAGAAAGGACAAGGGAAAGAGAAAAAGGCCAGGGAAGUCCGUUGAUUCAGAUGAAGAAGUUCAGAAAUUAAUCGCGAGAGUGGAAGAGCUGGAGGAAAAAGUUGAAUCAGCCCAUGGUUCCGACGGCUCGUGUCCUGGCCAAAACGUCCAUUUCUUUUUCCACGGCGACGACAAGCAUGAGCACGAACACAGUCACGCUGAGGACGAUACGCACGUGCAUAUUGACUUACACUUAAAUGACCACCAUGAUCCACAUGAUCACAGUGGAGGGGAAGAUCACGUACACCAUGAACAUGUAGCAUUUUGCAAUAUGCACGAUUCAAAUGCUGAUGGCACAAUACUUAUUGUUCAAGGGGAUAAUGAACGUGCUGCUAACUUCCACUUUCAAUUCGACCAUCUUGGAGAUGCAAACAGUGAACACAUGUUUCACGUGCAUCAGUAUGGGGACAUCUCUGACAAUUGUAAAAUGGUUGGCAAACACUAUGAUCCAUACCACGAGAACGUUGACGUCGGAGACAUGGGUACAAUUCAAACAGACGGGAAUGGCGAAAUUGCUGGAACCUGGAAGAACGACACUCAUCUUACACUGUUUAGCGAGUUUAGCAUUGUAGGCAGGAGUAUAAUGGUACAUGAUUCAGAUGGCAAAUCUAUGUCGUGCUGUGCGAUUGGCUGGAGUCCUGAAACGUAUGAUCACGGCAUGGAUCACAGCCACGACCACGAUCAUUCCGCACACAACCACGAUCACUCCACGCACAACCACGAUCACACCGGUCACAGUCACCAUCAUUAGCUUUAAAGUUCUCAGACAGUUACAUUGCUUUAGGGUAUAGCGGAUAGCUAACUAAUUUUUCCUGCAUUCCAAUUCAAAAAAAUGAAAAUAGUAGGUUUUUUUUCAGUAUAUCAGACAGAAAACAUCUAUUCUUCUUAAAACAUUCAGCUUUUAAUAGAAAUUCACAUGUUUUUUCUCUCAUAGUCAUUGUUUACAUAUGCGCUGAUUUAGGGUGUACAGGAUAGCUUUGGUCAAUUUUUCAAUUAUUAGUUUAAAAUCCACUUCUUAACAAACUUUCCAAGAUUUCUUUACUAUAAAUCAGAAUAAUAAUGUAUUCUCUUUUCAAAAACAUUCAGCUUUUUAAAUUUCUAUCAAAUACUUUUCAUUCACUGACGUUUUUUUACAUAUACACUGAUUUAGUCUAUAGGGGAUAGCUACAUUUUACAUUUGGUGACAUAUGAAAAAUAACACAACAAGCAAAUAUUUAAAAUGUAUGUCAUUUGUCUGUUUGCAUGCCAGUAAAAGAAUGAUAUGAAAAUUUAUACAAUAACUGAAGUCUAAAGAUAAAAUUUGUCAAUCUAUCCUCUAUACCAUAAAAUCCGCUAUACCCUAAAGCACUGUACAUGCUUUUGGAAUAUAGGGACAGUGUUAUUUAUUGAGUGUUGAGAGUACAAUUUUAGACCAUUGCAAUAUGUUAACCCUUAUCAUGUUGGACACGAUUAAUUCUGCCUUAGCGACCAGUGUAGAUCACGAUCAGCCUGCACAUCCAUGCAGUCUGAUCAAAGAUCUGCACUGUUCGCCAUUCAGUCAGUAUCUUUUUGGUGGGCACCCUUUUAACAGUUAAUGGUGCUGUCAAAAUUGAAAGAUGGACAUUACAGAAAUUUAGCAUGGUAAGGGUUAAAGUUUGGUUUAUGUGUCUAAUAUUUAAUGUACACUGAACAACAUUGCUAAAUACACCAAUUUUCAAUGACUGUUUAAAACAAAACAUUUUGAGAGAUCUGUAUCUUCAAAAUGUAUUGAUUGGUAAUGCAUUAAAUGGCAGAAAAAAAGAUUAAUUAAAUUGCCAUUUUUUAUAUUUAAUUAUUCGUAUUAAAUUCUGUCUUAAAUAAAAUAACUCAACCGGUUUCAUCUGCUAAGGAGAUCUUCGGGAGUAACGUAAUUUGUUAACACACAAUAUAAUUUAUAUAUACCAACAAAAUAUCAUUUUAUGAAAUGAAAUUAAGCAAAUUGUUGUUUAAAACACAGCAGUUUACAAAAUGUAAAUGAAAAAAAAACGCAUGCGCAAAGAUAUUUAAAUCGAAAAUUACAUUUUAUGUGUCUAGUCUAUUUUCAGUUUAAUAACAAUAAAACAUGGUUUGUUUCGGAUACAUGUCCCAAAGUUUUAAGGAAAUUGUUACAAAUGAGUUAUUUCCGCCAUAUUUUUGAUUUCCAGCUAACAAAAAAAAGACACGGCUUAUCAUUGCUUCAUUGUAAAGUUUUACCACUUAAUCAAAUUUUAUGUCGAUUUCAGUAAUGGUAUUGCUAUUAUAAAAAAUUACAAAUUUAGCAUCGCAAGUAUCUGUGUUAGUAGAGUACUUAAUAAAGCAAUUUUAUUCAGUGUAUAUAGAAGAAUCUGUAGUACUAAAUAAAUUUCAUUUCACAGAU